UUGACAUGACAGCUUCUCCUGUUAGUUUGCACAAUGUUCAAAAGGCACAGGUCCCUUGCUUCAGAACGCAAGAGACAAUUAUUUCUCCAAGGAGUUACCCGGUCCAUACUGAAGAAUGACAUGAGAAAUUUUCACUCUUUGUCUCAAUUCAUACUGUCAGCAGGCCCUCUGAGACCAACUCCAGCAGUCAAACAUGCAAAGACUGCUCACUUUGAGAUUGAAAUACUUGAUGCUCAAACAAGAACACAGAUAUGUAUUGUGGAUAAGGUGACGCAGGCAUCCACUAUUCAUGAUGUUAAGCAAAAAUUUCACAAAGCAUGUCCAGAAUGGUAUCCUUCUCGAAUUGGCCUGCAGCUAGAAUGUGGUGGACCGUUUUUGAAGGACUAUAUAACCAUUGAAAGUGUUGCAGCUUCCUCCAUUGUCACACUCUACUUCACAGACCUAGGUCAACAAGUCGGUUGGACAACCGUAUUUUUGGCCGAAUACACAGGACCUCUGCUAUUAUACCUUCUUUUCUACCUAAGGAUCUCAUAUAUAUACGACAUGAAAGAGUGCUCGGGAAGAUCUCGGCACCCAGUGGUACACUUGGCUUGCUUUUGCCAUUGUAUGCACUAUAUCCGAUAUCUUUUGGAAACUUUAUUUGUUCACAAAGUUUCUGCAGGACAUACACCUUUGAAAAAUUUGAUAAAGGGUUGUGCCUUUUAUUGGGGAUUCACUUCUUGGAUUGCCUACUACAUUAAUCACCCACGGUAUACACCACCAUCAUUUGGAAACAGACAAAUCACAGUAUCUGCUAUAAAUUUUCUGAUUUGCGAAGCUGGGAAUCAUUUCAUCAACGUAAUGCUGGCUCAUCCAAAUCAUACAGGAAAUAAUGCCAGUUUCCCAAGACCAAAUUAUAACCCCUUCACAUGGAUGUUUUUCCUGGUUUCAUGCCCUAACUACACUUAUGAGAUUGGAUCAUGGAUUAGUUUCACAGUCAUGACACAAACGUUGCCAGUGGGGAUUUUCACACUUCUGAUGAGUAUCCAGAUGGCUUUGUGGGCUCAAAAGAAACAUAAGAUUUAUCUGAAAAAAUUUGAUUCAUUUGUGCAUAGGAAAUCAGCAAUAAUUCCAUUUAUAUUGUAAGAAAAUAAAAAAUCCUGUCUAAAUUGGAGAAAAUCAAUAUAUAAAUUCAUCAAAUCAAAUACUGUCAAGAUUAGUUAACUAUUGCACUGCAGCAAUUCAUGAACAGUUCUUUUACUGAGUAUAAAUAUAAAAUGAUAGGACUUAGCUAAAUUUAAAUGAAGUAAUAAAUGUCAUUAAUAAAUAACAGCAUCAAAUAUAUUUAUAAUAGUUUCUUGAAUUAAUAGCAUUUUUGACUUUAUGAAUAUUU